UUUCGUUUUAAAAUACAAAAAUGAAAAUUGAAAUACAAGGCGUUUUUCUUUUUCGUGGUCAGAAAAGGAUGAGCGAAAUUUAAAAAACGAUUCGAUUUUCAUUUUCUAUUUUAUAUAACAAAAAAUAAAAUCACUAGAAAACAGAAACGGAAAAAAGGCCUGUUUUUUCAUAUUCUGAGACCGGAUGUCGUCAUUAACAGGACGGUGGUGCUGUGGAGAAGAAACAGUAGGGUAACGUUAGUAGACUGCGGCGGGGUAAUCAACCGUGACACAUGGACAUGGAGCAGUACGUCGUUUUCCGAAACAAUAAAAGAGUGUGUCUCAGGGAAGAAGACAUGACUGCAGAAAAACUUAGUCGCAUAUUUCAGGUCUCAACUCGUAGUCUGUACUUGACUAACGAUGCAAAUGUGGCCUUGUUUCCGGGACCAUCUGGAGUGUUCAGCUCAUUCGACCUUACUGCAAGAGCCCAUUAUGAGGUUAACGGUGAGGAGGAGGAAACCUCAUCAUCAGUUUCAAAUAACACGGGCCAACGUUUUGCAUUCAUGCGAACUCCUGCAACUGCUUCAGCCCCCCCCAGAGCCACUGUCCCCAGAGCCACUGUCUCUAAAACAUUUCAAAGAUCAAUGUACCUUGCUGAGGUGGUUGGUGGGAGGUUGAGUCCCAGCAGAAUGGUGGUGGUCCGGUUUUUAGAAUGUGAGGCUACCCUUCAGGGGAUCAUCGAAAAAGUGCAAGAUGCCAUUGGAAAUCAUGACCCCAUGGUAUUGACUGAUGCACAGGGUAAUGCAAUUUUGGAGUCCGAAGGAACAACAGGGUCACACUACUGGAAGCAAAAUGCGCGAAAGAUUCUUGCUGUACAAGAACGGGACUUCCUGGAGUUGCAGGGCAAAAAAAGGAGGAGACUGAGCCGAAAAGAUGAAGAAGCUGCAGGCAUUGGAGAGGUCACUGAGAAAGUAGAAGAGCUUGUACUGGCAUCACAGAGCCUACCAGAUGUCACUGCAGCAAUCAGAGAGCUCACCAAUGUGGCUACCAGUCAAAGAGUCAUACUGAGUCCUUCCCAGCUACAGACCAUCAAGCACGGGUUCUGCUGUGUUGUUUGUAUGAAGUUCAUCGAGGAGCCAGUCUUCACACAGUGUUGCCGAAGCAUUAUUGGCUGCAAAACAUGUGUGGAACAGUGGCAGGAGACCUCUGUGCACUGUGCAAAAUGUAGAGAGAACACAGCAGGCAACGACAUAUUUGAAGUUAAUGGUCUGUCAGAGGCAUUUUCUGUUCUGAGAUCCCUUUUUGAAGAGGAGUAAGAUUUUGCACUUUUAUACUCACAAAUAGGCAUAUUGGGUAUGCGUUUGUUUAUCAAUUCAAAAAUUUCGGUUAGAGUUCUUGUACUAUUGAUGUGAAUUUCUUAAAAUGUUUGGGCUAGAUGAUGUCAUAUUGGUGUGAAGAAGGAAGUUGAAAAUGUGACCACUGUUCUUAUUGACAUCACUGUUUAGUUAUAUUAACAUUUGUCUUUACCAAACACCCAUUGCCACCAACUUAUAGUUCUUGUUACUCAUUUACAUUCUGUAAGUUCAAACAGACCAAUGGUCUUUCACACAUUGCGCUGAGUUGUGGUUAUGAGAUAGAGCAAUGCCUCUUUGUAUGGAGCAAAGUCAUUGUUCACUGCUCUAGAGAACAAGUCUGAAAUGUCUGAAUAUUUCUCUGCAAACUGAUUCUCGACUGUAAGUUUGUCCUGUUCAGUUGAAAAUGGAUCAACUCCAAAAGCAGAAUGUGUUGUCAGUGAGGAUCCCAGCUGUUGUCCGUAAAGGUCUGCUGCUUCAGCUGAAUGAGGCAACAGCUCCUGUGGGAUUUUUUUGGGACACCCACUGCCAGCCAAGUCAUUUGGUAUACCUUUACCUGUAAAAUAAAGAACAUACUGUUGGUCUCAAAA